UUAUCAGCUGAUAGAGGCGUUUUUUACUGGUUUGACUUGAUUUGUGAUUCAACUGUCUUUAGUCUAAUUCAUUUUGACUUCAAUCAAGCUACAUUAUUCAUAGAUUACUGUUUGUUUGUUAAUUGUUGGUCAAUUUUUGUGAUCAUAAUGAAAAUCUGUAUUCUGUUUUUUGUUUUAGGCUUCGGAUUAAUAAGUGCUAAAGAAGACCAUCACAGUAGCUCCGUGGAUAUUUCACCUCUUGAAGUUGAGAAUGGUAAAUUGUUAGGCGAUACUUCCAAUCAAGAACCACCUGUUCUUCACUUUGCUGUAAAGGAAAACAAUGUUACCUGUAUUUUAGCUCAAUUUUCUGGUAAAAUCGUUGCACAUUUCAAAGAAAACGUAACAACUACUAUUUUAAUCAAUGGAACCCUUGGAAAUGGAUCUAAGUGUGGAAUUACUGAGCAAACUUUAGCUAUCGAAGGUUAUGAUGGAAGCCUGUCACUAUUCCAUUUUGAUGGAUCCAAUACCAGCGUUGUUCUUUCAUCAAUCCAGAUAACCUUGCCAAACAACAUUACUUAUCAAUCAUAUAAUAAAACUUUAUACACUGUACCUGUCGGAAAUUCAUACAAAUGCGAUGCAGGAUUUGAUGUUGAUUUAAGUGAUGAAAAACAUGAAACUAUCUCCCUUUCACUCAGAUCGAUCAGAUUUGAUGCUUUCAGAAAAAGCGAGAACGAAGAUUUUGAAACAAAUUCAAUCUGCUCUGGAGAUGCUAAAAGCAACAAAACUGUCCCAAUGAUAAUCGCUUUUGUCCUCGGUGGCAUGGUAGUCAUCAUGUUAGUGGGCUACAUCAUUCUUCGCCGAAGAGAAGAUAAAUCUGUUUACCAAUCAGUAUGAAAAAGCAAAGAAUGCUUUUUAAAAUCAUGAUAAAGUUAACAAAAACACUCAUCCUAUGCCUUUUGUAUCUCAAUUCCCCUUUCUCAUUCGAAAAUCUUUCGCAUAAUAUUGCAUAAGUAUACAGUGUAUGCUUUAACUGGUUAAAUACAUAUGCACAACUGAUUUUUAAAUUGUACUUCACUCCCCUUGAUUUUUUUACUUCUAUUAAUAUAUUUGAAAUAAAUGUAAAGGGUUCCUAAGAAUUGUGGGAAUGAAUUCAAAUGUAAAAAUAACGGUUUUUAACAAGGAUAUUAAAAAGAUAGAGUUAUCAA